GCGAGAGCGGCCGUUGGCGCUGGUUGCAUUUGCGCGCGCUUCGGGGGGCGAAAAAAUAACGGGGAGACUCUGGUGUGGGGAGAUAUCCGGGGAUUUGCAAGGAGGAGCAAAGCUUAUCUGUCAUUACCAAGCCCUGUACUGGGGGUACUCAGAGGACACUGAAAAGGGGAAGAGCUCUUCUCAGUGGUGGAACCCAGCAUGCCAGUGCCUCUGGACAGUGCAGGUACAGAGUCCCAGCUGAGUCAGACUCCUUUGCCAGUGCCUGCCUUCUUCCAUGAAGCAGAAUGCAGCUUUUCAAUCAAGAAGACCCAUCGGCCACUCUGCUACACCCUCCCUCCGCGGCCACGCCACAAGAGCACGCUAACUGUAAGCCGGGUUUUUUCUGACCGUCGACUUCAGCCGUGGACACAGCCCCACCCACGCCGCGUGUCCUUUCACGGAGAACAGAGGCAACCCCCAUCUCUGCACGGUCGCCCCUAUGAUGCUUCCAAGAAAGAACUGUUUUUCAGGCAGUGCUUUCAACAGCUCAGCCGUCUGGGGCGGGGAUCCUUUGGAGAAGUAUACAAGGUGAGGCAUGAUGAAAGGCGUUCCUUGUGGAAGGCCACCCGGGCUGGCGAAGGUGACAGGCAGCGCAAAUUGGCUGAGGUGCGCAAGCAUGAACGUGUAGGCCACCAUCCCAACUGUGUGAGUUUCGUGCAGGCCUGGGAGGAGCGCGGGCAGCUUUACAUCCAGACAGAGCUGUGCCCAGGCAGCCUGCUGCAGUACUGCGAACAGCAUGGUCCACUACCUGAAUGGCAGGUGCAGGCCUUCCUCUGGGACCUGCUGCAAGGACUGCAACACUUACACAGUCGCAACCUUUUGCACAUGGAUGUCAAGCCGGCUAAUAUUUUCCUGUCCUCUAACAAUGUCUGUAAGCUGGGUGACUUUGGACUGAUGCUGGAGCUGGACUCUGGGGAUCUGAAUGAUGCCCAAGAAGGGGAUCCUCGCUACAUGGCCCCUGAGCUGCUGCGAGGAGAGUACACCAAGGCUGCUGAUGUCUUCAGCCUCGGCAUGACCAUUUUGGAGAUUGCCUGUAACAUGGAGCUCCCCAACGGAGGGGAAGCUUGGCAGCAGUUGAGACAGGGCUAUCUGCCUCCUGAAUUUACAGCAGGUCUCUCCGAUGAGCUGCAGACUCUCCUAGCAGCCAUGUUGGAACCCAACCAUCAUCUCCGACCCUCGGUGGAAGCGCUGCUCAGUUCUACCCUCAUGCAGAAGGCUGAGAGGAGGCGGAAGGUGACACUGCUGGUGCAAGCUGGGAUCCAGCAAGGAGUUUCCAUGUGCCAGACCCUUGUCAGGUUUGUGCAGUGGCUCUGGGGGACCAUGUGCAGCCCAGCUCACUGGCUACUGUUCUGGCAUCGGAAUGUUCCAGUCACACCUCCCCAUUCACCCUUCGCGUUCCUCAUGGAAGACAGCAGCCUCUCCAGUGACUGGGGUGAAGAGAAUGACGACGACGAGAGCCUUGGUGAGGAUGUCUUUGAGAUAUCGGAGGCAUCUGAACAUCACAGCCGUAUUUGUCCUGUGGAGCUCCGGUCUGCUGACAAACUCCCUAGCUCCCCAGUGCUGAACAUAUGUCCCAAUGUGGGAAGUACCUCUACUCCGCGGCACCCCUCACCACAGCAGACAGGUGGCAGAAAGAACAGCUCUCAGACCUUCCAAGGGAGCCCUAAUCUCAGCCGUAUCAACUGGGCGUCCCCCAGCAGAAGCUUCACUUCCUCACACUUGCCUGUGAGCAGCCUGCGCCGUACUCUGUCUUUUGACGACGAGGAAGAUUACGAGGAGCAGAGGGACCAGUGGGAAGGAGUUGCCGCUCAGUGUUCAAGUCAGUAUUCUGCUUUUGAGCCGAAAAGCCUGCUCGGCAUGUUCGAGGACUCUGCAGCGACGGAGCAGAAGUGCCAGAGCUGAUGGGAACCUCGUUUCUUUUCUGAAUGGUUUGCUCAGCUCUCCUGUGGCUCGGUGAAGGAACGCCUUCCCUCAGGUGGAUAUGCGCAGCUGAUGGGCUGUAGUAUCCAGCUCCGUCUAGUGGAGGGGAGGCAGGCCCUUUAGGGACACUUCCCUGCAGGUUGCUGCUGCUGUGCAGUUUCUUACCUUUAGGGGGUUGAGAUCACAUAGGAAGCGGACAGCAGGAUGUGUUGUCACAUAAUUUGAAGGAAAACGGCUUGUUUUUACGCAAGGUUGGGGGAUAAUGCUGUCCGUCCCUUCUGCUUGGGGGCUGCGAGGCAGGAAUGUCUUUCCUGUUGUGGGAAAUGGGGGCUGUAAACCACCUCCCUUUCAUGCUGGGGUUUUACAAAGGCGUCAGCUCAAAGACUUGAUAAUAAAAGCAUGAUGAAAUGGCCAUAAAACAGCGUGCUGCUUCUCCUGAGGCCUGACUUCAUUUUUGGCCAAAAUACUGAGAGAGACGGUUAUUUAAAACAAAGAGAAACUGCCCCUGUUUGGACCGAGUGGAUACACUGGGAUCCAGGCACCCAUGUCAUCCAGUUACAGCUUCCCUCUCUCGCUACUGACCAGCACUCUGGGUCUUCCUGUUACCUGCAAUAUGUCGCAGUCAAAGUGGAUUAUCUGUUUCAGCCUAAGGAAGGAGAGAACGUUCUUAAUCCCGAUACUGAGUUAUGACUGCUCCUGAUCUAAUCAGAUUAAUCCCAAACAUGUCUUUUUUUGGUUUUCAGUGCAGUCCUACACAGAGUCAGUCUACUGAUUUCAAUGGACAGACUGGAGUAACUCUGCUUAGGAUUGCACUGUGAUUCUCCUUGCAAUCCCCCCCCCCCCCCGACUGUUUUCUGUUAGCAGAGACUGUAAUCCUCUAUCCAUAGCUGGGAGUAAGGCUGAUUAAACCCAGUGGAAUUUAUCUGGAGCAUACAAUUAUACCAAAAAAGUCCUUGCAUGCUUGGUUUUAGUCCAAAGUCUGCUUGAGCCCCCCACACUACUUCAGAAAACUGCACUUAUUUAUCAAGGGAGGGAGGGUAUCAACAGAACCCAGAGUGGUUGCUAGUGCUGGGCUGCCACUUUUAAGUUCCAUGGAAUCAAAAUUCAUAAUUAGAUGAUUAACUCAGGCCUGUAAUUCCACUGCUUUCAAAACAAUUCAGUUAGAAGCUCUGGGUGGUAUUGGCAGAAUUCUCCUUAAGCAUUUUUCUACAUCCCAAGGGAGUUAAGUACUUCCUGAAAGAAAUAAAGCUUGAAGACUAUACCUGCUUUCAAAACGGGCCACAUACAACAGAUGCUGGUGGGCAGCUGCAGUCCUUCCGUAGCUGGCUGUGUUAAUUUUGAACCCAGGCCCCAAAGAUCUUCUAACCUCACUUUUCACCCUCAACAAAGCUUCAAGGGCCUGGAAUAAAAUCUAGGAUGAGUCUCAAGAUGUAGGGUAGGGCUUGUAGGCAGUACCCACGGAAACUUUCAGAAUAGAAAGACUGAACAGCAGAGAUAACCAGGCUAGGAAAAAAAAUGACACAAUUGUCCUUAAACAUCUCUCUUUAUUAGAAGCCUAGACCUGCUGUCUGUCCAACAGAGCGUCCUGGAUCAUAAGCAUCUACAAUUUCUCCAUUGCCCUCCCACCUGCCCAGAGUGCAUUUUUAAAAAUUAUUUGUUGUCUUGCUCUUUUUAUUUUAAAGAGAUAUGUCGCUUCAGCACAGAAGCUGCGAACAUUAACUUAUGUCCGUCUACCCUGAGAUAACAAGAGACAAGACUAGGCUGAGAAUAGAUGAAACCCCAGCCCCAAAAAGAAGAGAGCGGAAAAUACGCUUCACAACCCAACGCGGGAGGUCUAAGUCUGUCCUUACCUUAUGCUGCAGACCUUCUCUUAAGGCCACCAACCAUCUUCUCCAUUUGCAAAAUACUACCGGUGGCACAUGGAGACCCAGAUUUUAUUUUUCCUCAAGGGUAGCAUCUUUAAGUCUUAACCCUGUUUUAAGGUGACUGUGCCUGCCAAGCCGCAUUUUAAAAAAUCUGCCGUUUUAACUGCACAGAGUUUGUCUGCAGUAAUGUCAGAGGUUCCCCCUCCCCAACAAAUAAGCUGUUGGAUACAAAGGAAAGGGUCCAAACCAUGCAUGACUCAGAUGCAUGUAUUCCUCCUCUGCUGCUUACUUGGGGGAGAAAAGAAGAAAAGUAGCCUUAAGCAGCUGGGGAUUUAAAAUGAGAAACUAGGGAGGGGCUAUUUAACCCCUUUCCCUCUGGCCACUUUCUGCAACCUGGUCUUUUCUCCCCAACCCCCUUGAAGAUUGCACCUACCCAACAGCGGGGAAAAGAUCAAUACCCAGCUAUCGAUCAUGUCUAGUUUGGCCCCGAAUCAGCCCCAAAUCCUCUUUGCUUUGCCCUACUACUUGGACACUAGAUAUCUGAAUUUCCAAAACAGGUUUUUAACUAAGUUCAUACAUGCUCUUUUUUUUUUCCUCAGCUGCUUUAUACAGAAUGGAUUAAGAUUCAGAUUAAGGUGGUACUGCAUAGAAAAUAUAGAAUCCCAGUGGGAUGGGGAAGAUCAUCUUCCAUCUCCUUAUAAUCUGUUAAAAUACAUAUGUUAAAUUAAACGUUAAAAUGUUUCUCUUUAUUUACAAUGGCCCUGAAAUAUGGGCUGGGAUGCUUAUGUUCAUGGUGUUGUUUUAGGUGCAUUCCUUUGGGGCUGAACGACAGACCCAUGGGACAGAAAGACCCCAGUUUUUUUUUAAAAAAAAACCACCCUAACCAAAUAAAAAAACACACAUGUGCAUAAAGGAACUUUUAUGUGCCCUGGAACCCACAUUAGAGCCUAGAUUUUGAAGAUCAUUAUGGCAACCAAAGAAAAACUGCUAGUUAGAUCUUUCCAGAGGGGCAGCUGUGUUAAUCUGUUGGAGCAUGAGUGAGGAAUCCAGCAGAACUUUAAAGACUAGCCAGUUUUUAUUCUAACCUAUGCUUUUAUAGAUAAGAGCUCUUGUUUGGUCUACUGUGCAACUGCUAGAAUAAAAAUGUGCUGUUGGGA